CUAAUAUUUAAAGUGUUACAAAACCAACAACAGAAAAAUCAGUCUGUAUAUGCAGUAAAGAAUGCAUUUUAUUCUCACUGCGGAUCAUAUCCUCCACACUGAUCCUGUCUUCUCUGAUUAUCCCCUUUUUCUACUGUCCCCAAUCCAUCUGCUGAUAGUACAGAGCUCUUGGAGUCACUCUGAACAUGCUCAGUUUAGUGUGUAUAGCUAGAGAAGUUUUUUUUUUUUUUUCAUUUGGGAGGGUGCAUGUGAUCAGCACAGGGCCAAUCAGCGCUAUCUAGACAGAGGUUCAGGGGUUAUGCAGCCUCAUAGGACAUUUAGAGCAGAAUAAAAACUCCUGA